AUGAAUUAACUAGAGUCUAGAAAUAUGCUGAGACCUUCAAAAGCAGAACUCGAAAAAGAACAAACGCAACACAAGAAGCAUCACAAAGCUAGAGUAAUUGUGAGCAAGUAAAUGAUAAAUGAAGCUGAAUAAUUAGGUCUUCCUCUCAAGGAUUAUUUAAAGUUGCUGCAUAAAUCCUCAAAAAACUAAAUUUAGCAGGAUAUUAUUCCACUCUCAAGUAUUCAGCAUUACCUAUAGCAGUAGCAAAGGAAAUUAAGAUAAUAGAAAAAGUAAAAACUCUCUUUUUCAAAUAAAAAAGAAAACGAUGAGGAUUUUCUGGAUCUUCAAAAUCUUACUGGAUAUGAGGAAAGGAUAGAUAAACUCAAUGAAGAACCAAGUGCACUUGGUGCCGCACUCAAUAUAGAUGAGACCAGACUCUCAACUAAUACUAGUCAUAUAAAGCAAGUAAAACUCCAUAAAAGAGCAAAAGCUUAUAAACCUUAAGAGAAGAUUACAGUUCAUAUGGAGGACAUUAACUUGGACAAUACUAGGGAAAAAGCCUCUGAAUUUGAGAGAAAUUUCAAAGAAAAGAUAAAAAUGUCCUUCAAUCAGAAAUUUACCAUUUUCAUGCUCUUUGCAUUCCACUUUUUCAACAUAGUCUGCAUCAUAAACGAAUUCGCAUUUUUCAUGCAAUCUGAAUGUGCAUCUCUUAAGCCAAAGCAUUUGCCUGUGGUUCAUUUUGAUUUAGACGUAGCUCACGAAGAUUAUAUAUAAAAUCAGGCUUAUUCAUUCUUGGGAAUAUUGCUCUCAAUUACUGCCACUAUACUUGUAGUUUACCUUACUUUUAAGGACGUUUAAGAUCCUUAAAACAAAAUCUCAAAGAGAAACAAUAUUAUAUGCAAGAGAAUGAGAAAGCCCUACUGGCUUAGCUUGUUUAUAAUUGGUAUUAUCCCUUGCCUUUUAAUGCCUGUCUAUACUUUUGAUUAUUUCACAUGCUAAAAUAGAAACAAUAUUUUCACAACUGGUGGCUAUCCAGUAUAUUUUAAUGAAUUUCUUGUUGUAACAGCUGUAAUUUUAAUCUUCUUGAGUUUAGCUUUGAAAUUUGUAAUACAAAAGAAUUUAUUCCAAAUUACUUAAGCUUUUAAAAAGAAAGCCAAUAAUAUGAGAUAAUACAAUCGCCAAAUAGAUAAGGGGCCUUAGUAAACACAGAAAACUAUGAUUGAUAAUAAUAACGAAUUGUCUUAGAAUACAAAAACUUAUUCAAAUAUGACUUAAGCUAAUUUCAAUGGUAUAGACUCAAUUAGGUUCAAUAUGAUGAGUGAUAAAGAAAGUUAAAAAGAUAUUAAGGUUGAUGAAAUUCACGAUACUCAUUAGCCCUCUCCUUUAAAAAUUUAAGAGACAUAAGCUAUUAAAAUGCAAAAUGAGGAGUAGCAUUCUGUACCACUUAAAUUUAGAGCUUUCCAUAUCAUUGAGUAACUUAUUAUCAUAGGAAUUAUGCUAUUGAACUUUAUCGGAUUUUUAAUUUCUGUUGGAUCUUUCUCUAAUGAUUAGCCUGUACCAAAUCUGAUAAUUAAUUUCAUGAUUUGGAUUUAGUAUCUAUUGUUUGCAAUUGUACAGGUUGGAAAGUAUCUUUGA